AUGGAGGCGGUGGUCCUAGAGCUGGAGCGGUUCCUCAGCCCAGGCAAAGGCAGCGGCCUCCGCUCAUGCCGAUGGGUACUGCCUGGCCAACUGCUUUACCGAGCUGAGCCCUUCGCCUACGUCGUCAGCAAGGCGCAGCUAGGCAACGUAUGCGAACGUUGCCUACGAAGUCGGAAUGAACAUCUGCUCAGAUGCUCUCAAUGCAAGAUUGCAAAAUACUGUGGUAAAUCUUGUCAGAAAGAAGCUUGGCUUGACCACAAGCAGGAAUGCAGGUGUCUUAAGAGUAUCGAGCCUAAUUUUCCUCCAGACUCAGUCAGACUUGCUGGCAGGAUUGUUUUUAAGCUACUUAGACAAUCAGGAUGUCUUUCGGAGAAACUCUACUCCUUUUCGGAUCUUCAGUCAAAUAUUGAAGAACUAAGUGAAGAAAUGAGAGACGGCCUCAGGCACCUUGCACAGACAUUGCAACUGUAUUUGAAAACAGAGAUCCAGGACGUGUCUCGCUUGCCACCUGCAAUUGACUUUUUUCAGAUCUUCGCAAAAGUAGCACCACCUGGCACCACACUGCUUGCAACUCUUAUAGAGAGCAAAUGUAUAUGUAUGGUUGUGCUAGCCUCAGUACUUAAUACUGUAGUGACCUGUAACUGUUUCACCAUCAGUAAUGGAGAGAUGCAGGAUGUUGGUGUUGGCCUCUAUCCCAGCAUGUCAUUACUGAACCACAGCUGUGACCCAAACUGUGUGAUCGUUUUUGAAGGAUCCCAGCUUUUACUUCGCUCUGUUCGAGAGAUCCAGAUUGGCGAAGAGCUCAACAUCAGCUAUAUUGAAUCACUGAUGCCCACCAGUGAACGCCAAAAGCAACUGAUGCGCCAGUACUGCUUUGAAUGUGAUUGUCUUCUCUGCCAGAAUGAAGAAAAGGAUGCUGAGAAAUUAGCUGGUGAAGAGCAUGCCUGGAAAGAAGUCAAAGAUGCUCUAAAUGAAAUGAGAUAUCCAAAAUCAAAAGAAGAGUGGGAGCAGGUUCUGACAAGAUGCCAGAAUUUUUUGAGCAGCAAUAUGGGUCGUCUUCCAGACACAAAUAUUUAUCAGCUGAAAAUGCUUGACUAUGCCAUGGAUGCCUGUAUUAACCUUGAAUCCUGGGAAGAGGCUUUGUAUUAUGGCAGCAAGACUCUGGAACCAUACAGACUGUAUUAUCCUGGUUUUCAUCCACUGAGGGCUGUCCAGCUGAUGCGAGUGGGCAAACUGCAGUACAGUCAAGACAUGUUUCCUCAGGCACUGGAGACCUUGAAACAGGCCUAUAACAUUAUGAAGGUGACCCAUGGGACAGAACACAGCCUGAUGCAAGCCUUGAUGGAGAUAAAGGAACAGUGUGAGGCCAUCAUGAGAAUACAGUGA